AUUUCUGACAAAUUGUUUUUCCAAACGGAUAUUCUGGGUUAUAAUAGGCCUAUAGCUUGUGUUUUGGACACUUCAUAGUCAUAAGUCAGGCGUAUAGAUGAGGAAGGACCACAAAUUAUCGGUGAGAUCUUGGUUCUUUUUUAAUUUUCUUGACAUCACAAGACACAGCCAGACAGGAGUUGGUAAUUGAAAAGUCGAAUUAAUAUUUCACGGCCCAAUGCUGAGAUAGCAACAAGUAAAUAUUAGGAAUCUUGAGGUGGAAACUCGAGAGGAAAACAAUUUCAACAACAAUUUUGGGAUUACUUAAAACAUUUUCUACCAGGAUUACGGAAAAAUUGCUUUCUUGAUGUUGAGAAAUUCAAAAAGUGGAUACUGUGCCCUCAAUGUCAACGUUUUCAUAUUAGGAUAAGCACUUUUAAGUGAUUUUUCUGAGUUAAGAGGAGGGAUAACUUUCAUGAAAUCAAAAUUGUGGAGAAGUGAAAGCAGGAGAAUUAAAGAACUAAAAGAUUUGCAUCAUAUAAGGGGCCAAACUCUGAAUGCUUCAUGAGAGUUAAACUUUGAAAAUCGUUUUCUGGUCUUAAAUAGUAUUGAUGCACUAGAUGAGGAUUGACCAGCAUUCUGGUACAAUGGGCCGCAUAACCAAACUGGAUAUUCAGCUCGACCAUGAUAUAGACGCACACUACCACUUCAGACCCGGCGAGAAUAUUUCGGGGAAAGUGCUCGUACGCGUCAUUGACGGGGAGGAGAUUUUACGUUAUCUGCGGAUAAACUUCUUCGGUAUGGGCAGCGUCAGUUGGAAAGACGAAUUGGCGAAGACUUUCUCAGCAGAGGAGACUUACAUUAAUCAGACUGUGACGCUAGCGCCCCUGGUGCCAGGUGAAAAAAUGGUUCUGCCGUCUGGGUGGCACGAGUUUUCGUUCUCCUACGAGCUUCCGCUAGAACUCCCAUCAUCGUUUAUCGGGAAGUUCGGCAGCGUCACAUACGUGGUCAAGGCCAGUGCCGAGGACGGCAAGACGGUGACAAUAUCCAGUGAGCCGUUCCUGAUUGCAAAUAAAGACUUUCCAUUCUCGGCCAUGAUGCUCAACGAGAGUGUCGAGAGGACUGUGAGCAAGCGCUAUUGGUCCAAGUAUCGCACGGGAAAAGUAACCGCGAAACUUUCCCUCAAGCGGCAGGGAUUUGCCCCCGGGGAUGACAUGGAUAUCAACGCAGAAAUUCAUAAUCAUAGUCCAAAAAUAAUCAAGGGGUUACACGCAAUGUUAAUCAUGCAUAGCACUUUUUAUGCUCAAAAUUCUAAUCACACGCAUGUGCAGGUGAUAUCAAAACGAAAUGAUAAGUGGGAAAUGGCACGGGGCGAGGGUCGACACUGGAGUAAUGCUGAGCUGACAAUACCUACGUACGCCCCAGAAUCAAAACUGGAAGGAUGCGACAUCAUAGAUAUUCAUUAUGAAUUGGUACUUAAAGUCGAAAUCGAGACAAAGAAGGAAACGGCCAAAGAAUUAUGGGUAUCUGUCCCUGUUUUAGUCACACCUGUUCAAUCGCAGACUGAAAACGGCGUCCGCAGGCGUCAAAGGAGCCAAAGUGAAAUGGGUCGGACGAUUGAUCGUAAAACUUUAGAGAGUUUGGACAUUCAAAAGUUACUUGACUUGCAGCAGGAGUAUGAGGAUACAGAGUUUGGCUACAGUCGGCCAGUCAAUGAUGGAACAUUGCGAAUAAAUCCGCUCUUUAGGCAAAAUACACCUGAAGAUCAUACGCUAGAGAAUGACUUGUUCGAAAACACGAAACUGUGAUUCACAACGCAUACAUCAUAGAACACUUUAGUUAAAGAGAAACUGAUAUUGUCCUGUGAAUUUCAUGCAAAAGGGUAGCAGUGCCAGUUUCAUCCUAGAAAAUAUACACCCGAGAAAAAAACAUGCCUUGGACGAAAAAUUCUCAUAAAAAUAUGAGGUUUGUACUGGUAUUGUACUAGUUCAUACUGGUAUGUUCCCAUACCAUACCUGAUGUCUGCACGGACCUUGAAAAGGUACAAGCCUCGCUGCGCCAUUUACAGGUUUCUGUCAAAAGGCCACAACCCCACUGUGGAAGAGUAAACAUCCUUAGUCAAAUAUGUUAUAGAAAGACGCUUCUUUGAGCUGUACAUCCAGGUAAAACUAAGAUAUGGUUUCCUUUUCAUUCAAAUCUUUGUGACAAAACUGCAUAGGGUCUGAAGGGGUUACGUUGGUGGUAUUCAAAACAGUCUGUGAUAAUGCACCUCAGCACUUAAACACGCUGUACUAUGCUUAUUGAACUCUAUUCAAAAACUGCUUGAAGCACUCAUGUGCUGAGCUAAAUGUUUGUGAGGGGCACCAACUUCUCCAUUAGGCGUACCGCCUGGACUACUGUAAACCUUUAGAUAUAUGUGGCGGUGAAUGAGCCACUCUAGCCUACCCUUGUACCAAUCGAGUGGAGACAGGGUAUAGUUAAUGUAAAUAAUAAAUUCCAGUCAACUAUGGCCGAUUAAUGCAGUAUUUAUUUCAAGCUUUAUUUAAAAGUUCAUUUGAAUUAUUGUAAAUUUUUAGGCAAAGACAUUUUGUGGAUAGAAUUGUAUCUCUUAGUUUUGUUGAAAAUAAAUCACUUU